UAUAUUUUAUUCGUCGUCUUGCAGAGGGUCGAACACAUUCCAUAAAAAGACCAGACCCGCUAAGAUGGAAUCCUACUAGAUAAGCUAUGUGUAAUCCAAACUCGGUAAUAUCUAGUCGGAUUAGGCUUCUAAAAUAAGAUCCAAACCCAGUUAAGUGGAUCAACUUAAUUAAUCCUACUAGGAAUCCUUAUAGUGUCCAAAAACCACUCGAAUUCGACGGCUAUAAAUAUGAAUGCCAAAAAAGGCAAAGGAAACUACUAUAGAGAGAGAGAGAGAGAGAGAGAGAAACACUCGCAACUCACUCAUUACUAAUGAUGCCACAUCAUUCCCCUCACAAACACAGUUUAACACUUUACAAACACCACCACCACCACCACCACCCUAAUCUCCCACUCCGAAUCCUUCUCUAAUUCCACUUCCUUUACCUUUCCUUAUAUCCAACGCCUCUCCCCCUCCCCUUUUUAUACUCCCCUAAACACUCUUCUUUCCAAUUGAAAAUCAACAAACUAGUUCUCGGUGAUGAGCUCCGGGUGCAAAUCGGCGGUGGGGUGCGUCGACGCGCGCGUGCCGAUGCGGGCGACGUACGUGAACCUCUACAAGUGGCCCGAGUCCGACGCGGAGUUCGUGCGAGGGUUGUCGGAGAAGAGCCACACCGACCAUACCGCCGCCCGCGGUUUGACGAACAAUGCACACGUUAGGAGGAAUAGUCCUGCUACCAGGUUCGGGCCGAGCCCUGCGGUGGUCGAUAGCUAUUCGUGCCGGCAGAUCUUUCUGAAGAGCUACACAUUCACGAAGAAAGAAACCGUCUCGGAGAAGACGGUGCGGUGCUUCGGAAAAGUUAAGGAGCGAGCGGCCUGCGGUUGCCCGCGAAGCGACAGCGGCGAAUUUACCGACGGCGGUACUUUUAUCGGUCGCGCGACGAAUGAUCAGAAUCAAAAGAACAAGAAGAAAACGAGUACGAAUGCGAAGAGGAAGAAUAAUAAGAAGAGUAAGGGAUGCGUGAAGAGAUUGAAGGAGGCCUCGUACUCCGCGCUUAGCUCGAUCUUCCAUGGCCUUCUAUCGUGCGGCGUCGGGGUUGAUGUGGAGGAUCAACGCUUCGAGGGUUCGUGAGGAUAUAAAAUUUAACAACUUACGCUUCAGUCACACAAAGUUCUACACCUCUUUUCCUUUUUUCUUUUUCUUUUGAAUUUUCCUUCCUUCCUUUAGCUACGUACAGUACACACUUUUAUUUUAGCCUUUACAUUUAAUGCCCUGGAAACAUGGUGGGGUUUUGUUGGUUUAGAAAAGCAUUAGGGUUUUAAAUAGCAUGUUAUUUAAUUUCUA